AUGAUCGCCAAGGCCUGGAUGCGCGAGGGCGAGCUGGCCGCGGCCGAGCGCCGCGCGGCGAGGGAGGCCGAGCGCGAGAAUCGCCUCAAGGUCCUGCACGCUGGUCUCGUGCCCGGGGAGCCCGCAGGCGACGGCGAGGGGGAGCGCGCAGGCGGCGGGCAGGCAGGCGGCGCGCCGGGCGACGUCGCGGACGGGCUCGCACGGAAGGCCUUCACGCCGCUCGUGCGCAUCGUGGACGGGAAGCUCGCCCUGCAGCAGGAUACGCUGAGUCUGCACCACGACGUUGAGCGGCACGCGCUGGUGCGCGUGGACUCGGAUAAGAAGCGGUUGACGAACCAGAGCUACUCGACGCGCCCGCCGCGCGACCGGUGGAGCUUGAAGGACACGGAGCUGUUCUACAAGGCUCUCGAACAGUUCGGCGCCGACUUCUCGCUGAUCGAGCGGCUGUUCCCCGGCCGGACGCGGCCGCAGAUCAAGGCCAAGUAUAAGCGGGAGGAGAAGAUCAACCCCGACCGCGUGCACGCGGCCAAGUGCGCCGCCGCGACGCGCCACGCCGAGUCGACCGUCACCGACAUGCAGUGGAUGCUCAAGACGGUCCGCAUGGCCAAACGCGAGCAGGCGCAGGAAUGA